GUCGGAUAAAUCUGAUCCGUUUCAGGAAAACGUGAAUGUGAAUAUUUUUCGUUUGCCGUGUCCUUAAAUUACUUCUAUAAAACUAGAAGUAGCUUAAAUUUCUGGCAAUACUAGUAAAGCUACAAUGGAUCAAGCUGUAGCUCAGAAAUUUGUUUUUAAAUUACACCUUUGCGUUUGAAAAAUAUAUAGAAAGACAGUGUCAAGUCUAGCUGUCAGAAUGCAACCCUACAGAUAGAUUGAAAGGCAUGACGCUGCAAUCCCUCACAUUUAGAACGUUACAUCAUGUUUUCUUUGACACUGUUUACAGUUUCAAUACUUCAGCAACCCGGUGGCGCAAUUCUGGCAGAAGUCCAGUUCAGAAAUACUUGUACAGUAUUAAUUUUUUAAAAAAAAACUACUAUUCCCAGCAGGCUCCAGGGAAAGAGUUGCGAAAUAAACGAGGAUAUAUAAGAUGCCUCUCGGGCAACGUGAACUUCAGACUGCUCGGUGAGUUUCGCGGGCGCUGGUUCUUCUUUAGGCGUAUUUUUUUUAAAUUAACUGCAGCGUUAUUGUUAUUGUUAUUAUUAUUCCUCUCCUCUGAAAGCUGAGAACAGUCCCUCUGCUGCUCCUUUAUUUCCUCCUCUCCUUCCUUCCUUUUGUCCGACCAUUGCAAUGAGACCCAACGAAGCAGUGGAGGCGUCGUCCGCCUCGGAGAUGCGCUUGGACGAAUGGAAGCGGUGGGCGGCCGAAUGCAUCGACGGGUCUUCGCAGCGGCUGGGCGAGCUGAGCCGGGAGAUCUGGAGCCACCCGGAGCUGGCUUACGAGGAGCACCAGGCUCACGCCGCCCUGACGCGCUUCUUCGCCGGCCUGCCCGUCUCCUCCUCUUCGGGCGCCUGGUCGGUGCAGCGCAGUUACAAGUUAGAAACGGCCUUCCGGGCAGACUGGAAGUGGGACGGGGCGUCCUGCUCUCCCGCCGAAGCCAGCCAGGCUCUCGGGCAGCCACCGCCGCUUCGGCUGGGCUUCCUGUGCGAGUACGACGCCCUGCCCUCCAUCGGGCACGCCUGCGGACACAACCUCAUCGCCGAAGUGGGAGCCGCCGCCGCGCUGGGCCUGAAGGGCGCUCUGGAAAGCCUUCGCCAGAGCCCCGCCGGCCUCCCUCGCCAGGCGCCCUCGGUGAAGGUCACAGUGCUGGGUACCCCUGCUGAAGAAGACGGAGGAGGCAAAAUAGACUUAAUUAAAGCUGGGGCUUUUGAUGGUCUAGAUGUUGUUUUUAUGGCUCAUCCCUCUCAAGAAGAUGCACCUUAUUUACCUGAUAUUGCAGAACAUGAUGUGACUGUGAAAUACUAUGGAAAAACUUCUCAUGCUGCUGCUUACCCUUGGGAAGGACUAAAUGCAUUAGAUGCUGCAGUGCUUGCAUACAACAAUCUGUCCCUUUUAAGACAGCAAAUGAAACCGACAUGGAGAGUACAUGGAAUAAUAAAGAAUGGAGGUGUGAAGCCUAAUAUCAUCCCUUCUUACACUGAAUUAGAAUUUUACUUGCGUGCUCCUUCCUUAAGGGAACUCUCUACCUUAAAGGAGAAAGCAAGGAAUUGUUUUAAAGCUGCAGGUCUAGCAACUGGGUGUGAAGUGGAAUUACAAGAUAGUGAAGCCGAUUUCUACAAUGUGCUUCCUAAUAAGACACUACAAAAAAUUUACAAAGAAAAUGGCAAGAAGCUUGGCAUAGACUUCAUUUCUGAUGACAAUUUAAAUGAGUUAACAGGUAAUUCCACUGAUUUGGGGAAUGUUUUCUAUGGUAUUCCUGAAAUUAAUUCCUUUAAUAUUGGUUCAGUUGCUUUGAACCAUACAUUCAUUCAGCCUGCUGAUAAGUCAUGUUAAUUCAGUUUCAUUUGAGCAUCAUAUUUCUGUUUGUCUGAAAGGCUAAUGAAAGACAUUAAAGUGCAAAACUAUACAUUUUCACUCUUCAUUGGGUAAUGAAACAUCUGCAAGAAAAUGGUAAUACAGAUUCCACAAUUCAACCCUGAGCUAAAAUAUUCUCUUCUGUUGGUAUAUUUAGUUUAUAUUUUGAUUUAUCUUCAGUGUCAGAAGUAUAUAGAUAUCCCUUGGAGACAACUAAAACAUUAUGGCAAUGACUGCAAUAAAUAUAAUUUUUGUACCAAGCUUAUAGGAACAAAGUUUCAGACCAGCAAAGCUCUUAGUAGAAAAAGAAAUGUGAGAGAGUAAAUUCUGAUCUUUAUACAAAUAUUUUUGGUUUUUAAAAAACUUACCUGCCAGGUCCAUGUGUACAAGUCAGUGUUAUGGAAAUUAAACAAAUAGAAAUUUUGCAUUUAGAUAAUUAAAAUUCUAUGCCAACAACAUUAUAUUUUCAAUUAAUAAUUUUGCAUAAAUCUGCUAGGUUUCAUUAUUCGUUACUUAUCACUGAAGGGUUGAAGAUUCUUACAGGAUUGCAUCUAAUAUAGAAAUCUUAAAAGCUUGAACGGAAAGUUAAAUCUUCUGGAUCUAUUUUAUUAAAUGUCUAUGCAGACAUGUAUAGACAUUUUGCGUAUGUUCAUGUCCUUAUGAUGUUUCUGCCAUUUCUACAAGUGAAAAGUAAGUCUAAAUUGGGAACCAUUCACCUGCUUGGCUCUAGCUCUUCCAAAGUGUUAAUUACCUUAUUGCUCUUUCUUAAACUUUUAACAGGUCUUCCAGCAAAAAAGAAGAAAACCCCACCAAAAACAAAAGUGUUUUUUAAUGUUUCAAAACCCACCUGGAUUUGAAACAUAAGGAUUGUGAUAUCUUCAUAAAAACCUUUAUUUAUUUGAAAGUUGGUUAGAAGAAAAUACUAGCUUCUGUUUUAAUGCUUACAUAAAAUUCAAUUCAUCACCUUAAUUUUUAAUUAACAUGUAAACAAUAUUUCUUUAUAUUUAAGGUCAUGUGAUAUAUCCAAUGGAAA